AUGUGGAAUUCAGGAAAUUCUCUUACCUAUGAAAAUUUUACGCCUUCAAACAAAAAUAAUAAUGGCCAUGAUUGUGUUUUCAUAUCUUCUGAUGAUAAUUGGGAAUGGAGCUCUGCCAAUUGUAACCACAAAAAAGGCUAUAUAUGCACUUAUCAAGGAACAUCUGACCCAGAAACAACUGUGAUAACUACAACAACCCAAACCACAUCAACUCCAGCUACAACAACUACUUUACCAACAACUACAACUCCAGCUACAACAACUACUUUACAAACAACUACAACUCCAGCUACAACAACUACUUUACCAACAACUACAACUCCAGUCACAACAACAACUACUUUACCAACAACUACAACUCCAGUCACAACAACAACUACUUUACCAACAACUACAACUCCAGCUACAACAACUACUUUACCAACAACUACAACUCCAGUCACAACAACAACUACUUUACCAACAACUACAACUCCAGUCACAACAACUACUUUACAAACGACUACAACUCCAUUUACAACAACUACUUUACAAACGACUACAACUCCUGUCACAACAACAACUACAGUUACAACAACUACUUUACAAACGACUACAACUCCAGCUACAACAACUACUUUACAAACGACUACAACUCCAGUCACAACAAGCACUUCAGAAACGACCACAACUCCAAUCACAACAACUACUUUACAAACGACUACAACUCCAGUCACUACAAGCACUUCAGAAACGACCACAACUCCAGUCACAACAACUACUUUACAAACGACUACAACUCCAGUCACAACAACCAUUUCAGAAACGACUACAACUCCAGUUACAACAACUACUCCAGAAACGACUUCAACAUCAAAUCUUGAAACGACUAAAAUUCCAGUCACAACAACCACUUUAGAAAUAACGGCCACUUCCGUUUGGACACGGGUGACACAGAUUAUACAAAUAUGGUGUCCUGAAUUACAUCGAACAUUUUCGUAUAACGAAACUGUGACACCUAGUGCCCAACUUCAGUCUUUAUUGGAUGACUUAGACGACCAAGGCGACGCUAUUCAAGAAAAUAAGAAGAAGCGUCGAAAUACAAGUGCUGCUGACGAUAGAGUUAGCAGUCAAACAAUAGGGCUGAUUGGUGUUGCAAUGCUGAGUUCUAUUGGAUUAGUCAUACUAAUCCUGGAUUUAUCUUCAUUAAAACGUGAUUUAAUAACACUGAGAGGCAACUUAUGUCCUACUGACUCACAUAUAAUUGAGGUGUGA